AUGCAAGCACCAUCAGUUCCUAAGAUUAAAAAAGUAGUGGGUGGCGUCAAAGCAAGAUGGUUAGACAACGACGAAGCUGCCAACGACCCUGAGGGAACAUAUUGCGCCCUUUUGAAGAUGGAACUCCUUCUUCGAGGUGUAAUUGUAGAGGACGAUAAGAAAUUGUGGGGAGAGGUCUUGUCAUCAGUAGGAAAGCCGCUUUUAGACGAUCAGCGCGUCCCAAAACCAUUGAUAUCAGGUGGCAACAUAAUUGCAGGCAAACUAGCAGAGCAGUUUUCCAAAAGUAAGCAUAUUUUCUAUCCAAUGCUGACAGAGGCUUCAGGUCCUACAAAAAGAGCGCAGGACCUCAAGGAUAGAAGGCUUUUAGUUUUACUUCGACAAGACUUUGAUCCUCUAGAGGUGGCCAAAGGAUAUUUUCUCCGGGCAGCUGAAGCAAAUCCAGAGAAACCCACCAUGUGGAGACAAGUUUUCGACUUGAUGAUACGCCAGCAUGAUGACGAAGCACCUUUCGAAGCUCAGAGGAUUAUUGAGAAGUUAGUGACAAUUGCAUCGUCGAAGGGAAACGUUAAACGGAGCGCAGAGCUUAGACUGAAAUUGUGCAGGAGCUACUUGAAUACAAAUAGAAAUAUUCCAGAGGAGAGUCCCUCUGUAAUCUUUGCGGGUUCGAGCUCCCAUCACCCAGAGAAAGACCUGGUCAAGGUGGCCGAAUUUGCGAAAUCGACUCUCCGCGAAGCCCUGUUUGAAAAUUUGGAAGAGGAAGAUCAGAUAUUGUACAAGAUAUUGCGCCUCCGUGUCGAGCUUGCCGCUGAGGACGCUGAAAUAGAUAAAAUGGCACAACAGCGGUACAACGCAAGCGUAAAUCGGUCAAAAACUGCAUCUAUGAUUGCCAUCCGAGAAAUGUGCAAGGAGGAGGUGCUGUCGCAGCUAGAAGAUCCUGCUCGAGAAGCUUCUUUCGGCGUCCGGGAUGUGCUCCUGCACACUCUUUCUGCUGGCAGUGCUUCUCUUCUCCCUGGUUGUAUUGAAAUGACACAAAUUGCGCUCCUAAGGUUUAGAGCUAAAGCUCAACUUAGGAAGAGCAAUGAUGGGUGGAAGAUUCUUCUCGAGUACACGCGACCGGUGGUCGAAGGAGCCUCUUCCGCUAGCUUGUGGAAUAGCAAUAUGCCUCACGGUGGACGCCAAAGCAAGAUCUACAAUUGGUUCAGCCAAACACCCCCGAGUAUUCAGUCUAUGCUGCUGUCAGUUGCAUACACCCUACCGCUUACGUACUGGAUGUUAUUGCCUUACAACCCAGAACCGAUGACCGAAAAAUUCCAGUUUCUUUUGGAUGUUAUUUCCUGUACGAAUGUUAAUGACGAGAAACUUUCACCAGGGUUGUCCAGAAAGAGAGAAUCCAUCAUUCUUGCUGAGAGAAAGCAUGCAAGAUCGAUGAUCAAAUGUUUCUUGUGUACAGAGAACGAAGCUCAUUUGUUCGAGAUUUUUCAGGAGACUGUCGCUAACAAAUCAAGAGAGACCAAAUUUCCACUAGGGCAUUUGCGAUGUCUCGUCUCGUGGUCAGGAUGGUAUCAGCCUUCUUGGUUUCUGUAUUCUAGGCUCGGCGAUGUACGGUCUUUGUUGGCAGCUUCGAAACUAGAUGCUGGACGUCCGCUGAGUCCACUUGAGGAGACAAUUUUUGAUUUGGCACACGCAGAUGCAGAGUUUUUGCAGGGGGGCUCAGUGCAGCGAGCUUGUGAUCUGUACCUAAAAGUUUUGGCUAAUCUGGAGAACGAUCGUAGCAUGGAUGGAGGGACGAGAAUUUUGUUCCAGUCUCACUGCAACAACGGAUUGGCUAGUGCUUGUGCGGGAGGAGCACGCAUAAAAAACAACGGAACCGUCGAACAAUUUGCAUCGAAUGCAUUGCGAAUUCUUGAAGUCAACCAUCCCAUUGCACCGUUUCAUAUCUGGCGCGAUCCUGCUUCCGCAUCCAAAGCAUUUGCGUAUCAGCUUGGCGUUGCACGCCAAUUGGUUGCUGACUCUCUGGUUGCGAAACGAAAUUACAAAGAAGCUCAGGACCUUCUGGAAGCCGCAGUGCAUGAUUCUCCCAGUAAUGCUCCUGCAGCACUCGCUCUCGGGGAAUUUCUCCUUCGAAUGGCUUUUUUUGUCAAUAAUAACCGCUCGGAACAAGUCGACAAGCAAGCACAGGUACAUUUGCUGAAAGCCGCCAAGCUCGAUCCGCUACAGGCCAGACCUUUUGCGUUAUUGGGAUAUUGGUUCGAGGAGAAGGGUGACAUUGCACGUGCAGAGGGAUGCUAUUCUAAAUGCUUGGUUAAUGAUCCUUGUGAUCCGGUUGCAGGUCGUGGAAUCCUUAGAAUAGCGACGGACGGAAAUUCACAAGAAUACAUUGAUGCAGCGUUGGAACAGAACUCUAAAUGGAAUGGUUGGGCAUGGAAUGCAGUAGGAUUGAAGAAAGUGAUGGUGGGAGAGGAUGAGUUUGCACUUGUUGCUUUGCUGAAGGCUGCUCGCUGUCGAGAUAUUCGAAAGGCGAAAGAUAGGGUUCAUGAUUUGUUUUAUCGACAGAUUUCCGAGGGAUUGAACGAAGAAGCUAUCGUCUUCGAAAACAUAGGCCUUUGUUAUCGUCGGCUUGGGCGAUUCACGGCCGCAAUGCGUUCAUUUCAUCUAGCGAUUGAACUAUCCAAAGCAGAAAAUUUGGUCCCACUUUCUGCACUCUGCUCAUGUGCUCAAGUCGAGAUAGAAUUGGCUUUGUUUGAAGAAGCUGCCGAGAAGUUCGCCGAGAUAUUGCAAAAUCGAGCUUCUGGCGAUUUCCAGUCUAUAGCUGCAUACGGACAAGGCGUCGCCCUACUUUCUCUCGCCGAGCGUGAUCUCCAAGACGGAAAAGCUGGGUCUGCAUUCGGAAAAGUGACAAAAGCCAUUCAUGGAUGUCUGCGAUUAUCGGACGAGUUUGAUUGUAUUUACAAGCUUCUCGGAGACCUGUAUUCAUUUGGAGCCUUGAUCCCUUCGGCAUUAUUCGACCACACUCACGACGAUGCCAACACGACGCAGGGUGGACACGUGAAGAAACAGUUGGAGUUUGUAUCUCAUGGAGAGAAUGCAUAUAGAUCAGCGCUGGCCUCAGUUGAAACGCGUCUACAUGCUGACCAAUCGAUUGGCUCACAAGCUUCGUACCGUUGUGACAUUGCCUCGAAUAUUCUGUUGCAAGCAAAGAUUGUGGCAUCAACAUGCGAAGCGGGAAGUAUUGACUCAGUAUGCACAUCGAUGUACAAAAAGGCUGCGAAUGAAUUCGAAAGGUCGUUGAGUUUUAUUCCAAUCAGUGCAGUUGCUUGGUGUGGUUUUGGCUGUUCUGUUGACGAUCCUUUGCUGGCUCAGCAUGCGUUCUGCCGAUCUCUGCAAAUCGAAAGGUUGUUACCUGAUGGUUAUACCAAUGUUGGGUUUCUCUACACGAAGCUUCAUGCGCAUUUUGCUUCGGAAGAGACAAUGCAUGUUCUGACCCAAGUUGCGGAUACGCCGCUGAUGUGGGUCAAUCGUGCCUUUAUACUGGAACAGAAAUCAGGCGAACGCCUCGAGGCGAAAGCGGAUGAUUUGAAAAUGGUUGUUGAGGCAUCGGAUGCAUACCGGGCGGCACUACAAGUUAUGAAGCAACCAGAUGCUCUGAUUGGACUCGCUGCAACAGGAAUGCUAUCGGGUAAAGGCUGUCUUGGGGUCUAUGCAAAUCACAAGAAGAAUACCCUCGCGCUUCUGAAUGAAUUUCUAGCUACGACCUCCUAUCUUCGUGAAGAGGCACAGCUCUUGGCUGAUUUGGUGGGCAUGGAACAAGCUGCUCUCGCGAAGAAUGCUACUUGGAGGAACGAUGAAAUUGAGAAAGCGAGAAAUCUUACCAGGAUGGGGCUCUCAGAUGCAAGUGUAACUAAAAGGGUGAAUGCCAGAAGUAUGGAAAAGUGUCUGCAGAAACCUAUGGUGAGAACGCCUCAAAGAAAAGAUAUAGCCCCUGAUGUCUCUGGGACUCAAGCGAAAAUCAUUGGGAAGCCAAAUGAUCCAAUGCAAUGGCUUGUAAUUGCAAAGAGUGUUGCAAGCAAAAUAGAUCUUACAAGCUCAAGAGAAGUGGUUGGAGAGGCACUUCGAAUGGCAAAGAAGGCAUCAGACCUGCUCACUCACAACAUGACUUCGUCACACUUUAUUGACAAAUCGCACAACCCCUUGGAGGCCAACAUGGUGGCUGAAGCGCUGUCUCUUGUUUGCUCGCUACAAAGUAUCCAAAAUGACCAGAGGGAGUCGAGCAACAACUCUUUGGGAUACAAUUUGCAACAUGCUAUGAUGGUGUGUCCGGACAGCAAGGUUGCAAGAGUGUUGCUACGAUGUAACACUACCUAUGUAAGAGGUAUAGCAAUGUAG